GGCCCCUGCGUGCGUUGUCGCUUCUCGUCUUCGCCCUCGCCAUACCACAGCUCACCAGUGCGCAGACGAAUCUGCAGCACCUGCCGCCUCCAUCAAGCCGCAGCCCCACAGAGCAAGCUCCCGACGAGCACACCCUCGGCGGCAGCGGUGUUGGUGGCGGCUCGGUGCAAGUGCACGGUGACUCGGUGCUUCUGGUCGCGACGCUCGACGGCGACGUGCACGCAGUUGCGGGCUCUACGGGUGAGCUCCUGUGGUCGCUCGACGCGGGCGGGCCACUGAUUGGCUCCUCGGCCUUUGACCUCGGGUCGCUCUUCGCUACCGACGCCGCCGAGCCGCCUCCAGGGGCGGAGGCGACGGGCGCCUUUGCCAGUCCCAGCGCUCCGACGCAGCGGGAUCCCGGCAGCGGCUCAUCCGGAGGAGCGUGGGCGGACGUCGCGUCCGCCGAGAAGGCUCGCAGGGAGGCUGCCCGCAGCAGCGAGGCACGCGGCGAGGGCGGCUCCGAGCCCGAUGGAGCGGCGGGCGGCGGCGGCGUGGGCGGCGGCAAGGAGGAGGGGGAGGGCGGGGAGGGCGAGGGAGGGGCAGGCGGCUCCACCGGCGGCGCUCUGGUCGACGGCGAAGCGGAGGAGAUCCUCGUCGUGCCUGGGCUGGACGGGUCCAUCUUUUUGCUCGACGAGGAGUCGGAGGAGCUUGUCCGGUUGACGGAGCUGACGGUGCAGGACUUGGUUGCGGCGCCGACGACCUUUACCGACGGCGGGCUGCUCCUCGGCUCGAAGUCGUCGACGCUCUUCUCCCUGCAGCCCGACUCGGGCCGCCCGCUCUACUUCGCCACCGGGCAGGACGCCGCCGCCGACUCGGCAGCAGAGGAGGAGGCGGAGGCUCCUUCCGAGCGUCGCAGUGCAGCGCGCCGCUCGGAGGCGAGGCAGCUCGGCGAAGGCGCUGAGGGCGGAAGCGGCGGGGGAGGGGGGGGAGGGGAGGGCGGCGUGGGGGAGGGCGAAUGCGCCUCCGAGCCAGGCCCGACCUCUGGGGCCGAAGAGGCGCGCGCGGGGGAGCGCCCGUCGGCAGGGGAGCUGCUCAUCUCGCGGUCCGACUACCAGAUCCGAGUCCUCGACCGCACUUCGGGACGGCAGGCGUGGAACGUGUCGCUCGCGCAGUACGACAUCGAGCUGACGCCGCGCACGACGCCGCCGCCUCCGGGCGGCCGCCGCCGCGGGCUCCCACUCCGCCGCUCCUUCCAGCUGCUGCCAGACCACCUGCUGUGCGCCACCGAGGAGGCGGGCGGCGGUUGCGCGUGGUCGGUCCGGUUCGCGUCGCCUCCCGCGCUCGUCUACUUGCUCGACACGACGGUCGGGAGCCAGACGAGGCUCCACUUUGCCCCCGCGCCGGAGGGCGACGCGCAUGUGCAGUCGAGCGGCGCCGUCGCCCUCUUGAGCCCCCCCGAGGGGUCGACGGCGCUGACUGCCCCCGGAGGAGGAGGGGGCGGCGGCUUCGGGCCGCGCAAGGACUUCCACUCGAGCCACGGCUCGCGCGGUGCGGCGCCGCUGCUGCCGCUGCUGCCGCUGCUCGGCCGGGUGCUGCCGCCGCGGCUCGGGCGCGGGCAGAGCGUGCGGCGCGCCGCUCUGCUGCCGCGCAUCGCGCCUCCGCUCGCCUCUGCGCUGCCCUCCCCCCCCGCGCGGCCUGGCUUGCCCACGCCCGCAGGCUUGCGAGGCGCGGCGGGGGCGAGCAGGGCGCUGUGGGCGCCUGUCGGCUUGGGCGGCGCGGCGGGCGAGGCGGCGGUCGUGGAGCUGCUGCCGCCGCCCGACUCUGCGGACUUUGGCUUGCUGCUGCUCGACGAGGCGACGGUGGAGCAGCUGCUGCUCGCCGUCGAGAGCCGCUUCCUCUCGCGCGUGCUGCCGCGCGCGCUGCUGGACGCGUGGCCGCGCUCCCACCGCUCGCUCACCUACGCCGUCUUGCUCGUCGCCAC